AAUGAUCACAAGGAGAAACUUGAUAGACUGUGUUCAAAAUUUACAUAAAUCCCAAAUUUUACAGUUUAAUUCUCUAACUGUUCGUUUAAGUAUUGAUGAUUUGAGAAGAAGGCUUCGGGAAAAGCAUUUACAUCAGUCUAAUACUGUUGCAAGCAGCAGUCGUCAGACUUUGUCAGAGAAUGACUUUUCAACAGAAGUUGAAGAUUGGAAAUUGAACUUCACUAAUGAAAAUGAAAAUUCGGAUAAACCAUUAAAUCGGAUACCUGUCAGACAAUUCUUAAGAAAACAAGACUCUAAAAAAAAGAAAAAAUACGAAGAAGUUUUUGAAAUGAAAUUUGGAACAGUUAGAUUAGACUCAAUGAAUGAUCAGAAAGCAACGAAUAUUGGAACAAUUCAGAGUCUAGGUGCUGAAAAAGAAAACAAAUCAAAUACUUUUGAUGAGCAAUAUUUUUCAAGUGAAGUUAUAGAGAAUGCAGAGAAACUGCAGUCAUCUUUUAAGCUUGAAAAAUCGGAGCCAAAAGAAAAAUCUAGUAAUCAAGGAAAGCCAAAAAAGGAAGAAACGAAUUUCUUUGAUGCAGAAUAUUUCGAGGGUGUAUCCUCUGUUGGUGAGGAAUAUACACCUAAUAACGAUAACUUUGUAACCGAAGGGACAAUUAACGUUGAAUAUAGCGAAAAGGAGAAGCCAGAAAUUGUUAUUAUUAAAGAACACUUUCCCAGAAUGAAGCAUGUAGAUGAUACGAGAGAAUUUGGCAAUUCUUUUAAGAAAAAAAAGAAAGACAUAACACAAGCUAAUGAAAAAUUUGAAAAUGUCUUCGAUUCACAAUAUUUUGAAGGAGCUGUGACUAAAGAAUCUUUAGACCAGGAAAAGAGCGAAGAAUUUGUUCUCCGCGUAAGGGAAGAUGAACAACAAAAUAAGGAUAUAUACAUUGAAAGUGACACAAGACAGAGAUUAAGGACUAAGGAUCGACCUAAAGCAAAUAUUGAAACUCCAAAGACAGCGUACGAUUUAGCUAUGAAACUUCGAUUGGAUGAAAAACUAAGCCAAAAAAACUAUUCUAGCGAAAAGAAAGCUGGUGCAGUGGGUCGUUUUGACUCAAAAGGUUUUAGAAUUCUAACUGACCAAGUACCACCGUUCCACAAAAUGUCAGAUGAUGUUGUUCUAAGUAUUCUGAAAGACAGUAUAUUAUACGAAGACGAUGAACUGUUAGUGAUAGAUAAGCCUUACGGUUUGGCAUCUCAUGGUGGUCCUGGAAUAAAACGAAGUGUUGGACAAUUUCUUAAUCGUUUAUGCGAAGUAUUAAACUGCGAAAAGUUAUACGUUGGACACCGACUUGAUAAGGAAACAACAGGAGUUAUGGUUUUAGCUAAAAAUGAAUUAACUCUCGGAAAAUUACAACUGCUAUUCAAGCAACAAAAAAUAAAAAAGAAAUAUUUAGCAUUAACUAAAGGCGUUCCGGAUCCUUUGAGUGGCAUUGUAGAUAUUCCAAUCGGAGAGCAUAUGGUUGAUGGAAGAUAUAGGAUGGGUGUACUACCCGACUAUUCGGAGGAGACGAAUAGUUUUUUGAAUCAAGGAAGAAAGCCUUUAAAAUCCGAAGCAAUAACCCAAUAUCGGGUUUUAAGUCAAAAUAGCUCGGUUGGUUUAGUAUUACUUAUUCCGAAAACUGGUGUCAAACAUCAGCUACGGUGCCAUCUGGCAUUUGCUUUGAACACACCUGUAUUAGGGGAUCAUAAAUAUUCUCAUUCCGACCGAUUUGCCCCACAAAAACUGUAUCCAGAGACAUUGCAAAGACUACAUAUUCGUCAGGCGAAAGUACGCCACCUUGCAAUGCAUUUACACGCUCAUACAAUAGUUCUACCAGAAUGGAGAGAUGGAAAAAAUUUAUUUUUUAUUGCAAAACUUCCUCCGCAUUUUACAAAAAAUAUGAAAAAUCUAAAAAUAAGCUACAAUUUCUUCAAAGAUCGAAUAUAA